AACUGAACAUCUUCCACCCCUCUCCUCCACCAACACCUCCCAACCAUGGGCUCGACCGUCUCCAAGCCCGCAAGGUCCGCCGUCCAGGCGGCCUCCAAGCGCCAAUAUCCGAAACAACCCACCUCUCCACCGACCUCCUCCCCAGCCGCCAGACCUCCUCCUCCUCCUCCUCCAGCACAGCGCGCCGCGCAACAAGCACAGCAACCACAGCACCAGCACCAGCAACAAAUACCCAGGAGAACACCCUCCGCCGGCCCAACAUACCACUCCAAGGAACCGCCUUCUACGGAGCGAUCGUCUGCAAUUGACCUCGACGGCCGCGAUCCCGACUUCGCCGCCUCCCUCCGCACCAUCGGCCCCGUAACCCCCAACCCAACCUUCUCUCCCUCCAGCACCGUCUCCCAAACACAAUCCCAAUUCCAAUUCCAAUCGCAACCUCCAUCCCCAUACCGUCCCACCGGCCCACCCACCGGUUCAGGCCCAAGCCCAAGCCCAGGUACAGGUGCAGGUACAGGUACAGGUCCAGCAACAAACGCACCAACGGUCUUCCCUCCCUCCAGCAACCCCGCGCUGCUUGUCUUCUCGGCGCGCCAGCAGCUGGCGCGGGCCGCGGAGCAGGAAGCCGAGGCGAUGGGGAAGACGCAGUUCGCCGGCAGGGAGUUCCUGGAUGCGUUGACGAUUCGUCAGGCGUUGGCGAUGAGGGAUAGGCAGGGUUUGGCGCCGGGGGAGAUUGAGAGGUUGUUGAGGUUGAGGGAGGGGGUGGUGGGGAGGUUGGGCGCCAGGGGAGUCGUGGGGGAUAUUGGGUGA